AUCCAAACGCUGGAAAAACAAGUACAAAUCUUGACAAAUCUUGUCCAUGCACAAUCGAAUAUCGUGAGUAAAUUCUCGUGCAGUAAAGGAUCCUCGGGUUCAAAUACUGCUUCGGAAUGUAUCUCAAAAGUAGCAGACCAAGCAAAGAAGAUCGCCAAACUGGAGAAAGACUUGAACUCUUUGCAGACAACUGUGUCAGCACAUGUGUCAGGUGGUUAUGGAUAUAUGCAUGUAUCAAAUUCAAUUCGGCUUGGACGUAAUUGUCUGCAUGGAAUGACGUAAUGCUCGAGACAUUAGCGGGCUCAGUUAGCAAACGAUGUUUUUGUCAACACGCGGACGUCAGAUUGCAGAGAGGAGGACUGGAUUAAAAACUGUGUUUGUGUCAGUUUGUGGUAAUCUUCGACACAUAUGACAAAACAUAAGAUUUUUGAAGUUUUUCCUUCCUUACACGAGCGCUAUGAUGCAAAAUACCGCCAAAAUUAGUUUCUUUGGUUUUGGCUUUAUGGUGUGCUAAUUGUAUACUUCCAGCUGAGCGAGAAUUCUUUAAAACCAAGCAAUACUGAAAGAACGAGCAAAUGCGCAAAUAGCGCCUGUGUUUACACGCAGAUUUGAUUGAAGAAAUACGCAUUUUGCCACCAGUCACCAGAUAUUUAGGACGAAACAACAAUAAUUUAGUAUCGAAAUGCUAAAAAUGUCGCUUGCUUAAGUAAACUAUUAAGACAUAACUGAUCUCGUUUAUAAGAAUGAUUAAGGCUGAAAUGGGCAAAAAUUUAUAGAAUUUACUAAGUCUAAGAAUAUAUAAGCCAAGACCGUUCAAAAUAUGAUCUAAGGAUCAUCAAACGGUCUGGUACCUGUAUAUGGACUGUAUAUAUGGCACUUUUCUUUCCCAUAAUUCCUCGCUGACCAAAUCGAGAGUAUACAAGGUGGACCCCCCAUACAAAAACGUGCAUUGAAGAUCGCUUUCCCCUAGUCCUCUUUAAUAUGUUGCUUCAUUAAGGACGGUUGGCUUUUUGGCCUCCUUUCUUACACUUUGCCUGCGAAGAGAAAAUCAGUGCUUGUCAUUUUAUUAGAACAUGAUAAACAUCCAUUAACAUCAGUCAGAUGACAAGUUAAGAACGCUACUUCCCAAUACUAUUAAACAAACACACUUAUCCUAUUCUCUUGGCGUACCAUCUAAAAUCUCUUCAUUUUAGCAUAAUUUUACAGAUAACUGAAGCACUAAACAUACUUUUUAAGUUCGUUUGUCGCUUAAGAAACGUAUCAAAAAUUCAAAUAAGCAAGCACUUUAGUGUACGAGGCUAAUAUAACUAUAUACGUACAGAAAUAAUUCAUCAUUAAACUGAGCAUCAAUAAAACAUCAUUUCUAUUAACUAUGGUUAGAGCUAAUAGUUUCUUUCGCUAUAUAGAUCAGUGGCCUUCUGGAAGUUAUUGCAUCUUGGCCAGCGGUAAUUGCCCAGCAGGCUUUUCGCUCUGUAGCGGUUACAUGAAGGCUAUCAGUCUGUAUGCGGGAAGUGCAUACUACAUGAAGCAGGCGACAUUUGGGGAUAGUAAGAUACAAUGUCACGGUCGCUGUGGGCAGUAUGGUCAUUGGACUGGUGAACUGUAUAUCAAUGCUUGCUGCAAAUAA